AUGGCCUAUGCCUUCAUGAAGCUUACAUUCAAUUUUUUUUUCCCAUCCUUCUUGACAGAUAAUCCAAGACCAACAAAUACAACUUCAGUAGAAGGGAAGUACAAGAAUUCAGACUAUACUCGAAGGGUUUUGUUUUGUUAUUUUAAGUGCUUGUGAUUUGCCCUUGCUCAAGAAAGCAUCUGCUCCAUAACCUAUUCAUCAGAAACCUGUGGUUCAAGAAGUUGCAAAGACCUUCCCCGGAUUACUAUCAUCUCCCUUCUACAUGAGGGUCGGUUUCCCCCAGGAGGCACCAAGUUACCGUUUCUGGCCUCUGGCCCACCAGAUAGUGAAAGUGAAUGGGCCUGGGCCGAGCAGGCGGAGACAGGCGGCCUGCUGGCUGGGGAGGUGCAAGCCAGGCUGCAGCGUUCCUGCCUGGCCACGGCAGCUUCACCCCUGAAAGUGUGCAUCGUGGGCUCGGGGAACUGGGGUUCAGCUGUUGCAAAAAUAAUUGGUAAUAAUGUCAAGAAACUUGAGAAGUUUGCCUCCGUGGUCAAGAUGUGGGUCUUUGAAGAAACAGUUAAUGGGAGAAAACUGACAGACAUCAUAAAUAAUGACCAUGAAAAUGUAAAAUAUCUCCCUGGACACAAGCUGCCAGAAAAUGUGGUUGCUAUCCCGAGCCUCAGUGAGACUGUGUGGGAUGCAGACCUGCUGGUGUUUGUCAUCCCCCACCAGUUCAUUCACAGGAUCUGUGACGAGAUCUCUGGGAAAGUGCCCAAGGGCGCGCUGGGCAUCAGCCUCAUCAAGGGCAUAGACGAGGGUCCCGAGGGGCUGAAGCUCAUUUCCGACAUCAUCCGAGAGAAGGUGGGCAUUGACAUCAGUGUGCUCAUGGGAGCCAACACUGCCAAUGAGGUGGCUGCUGGGAAGUUCUGUGAGACCACUAUCGGCUGCAAGGUAACGGAGAAUGGCCUUCUCUUCAAAGAACUUCUGCAGACUCCAAAUUUUCGAAUUACGGUGGUUGAUGAUGCAGACACUGUUGAACUUUGUGGUGCCCUGAAGAACAUUGUGGCCGUGGGAGCUGGGUUCUGCGACGGCCUCCGCUGUGGCGACAACACCAAAGCCGCCGUCAUCCGCCUGGGGCUCAUGGAAAUGAUCGCCUUCACCAGGAUCUUCUGCAAGGGCCAAGUGUCCACGGCCACCUUUCUGGAGAGCUGCGGCGUAGCUGACCUGAUCACCACCUGCUAUGGGGGCCGGAACCACAAGGUAGCAGAGGCCUUUGCCGGGGCCGGAAGGACCAUUGAAGAAUUGGAGAGGGAGAUGCUGAAUGGGCAGAAGCUACAAGGACCUCAGACUUCCGCUGAGGAGUACCGCAUCCUCAAACAGAAGGAGCUGCUGGACAAGUUUCCACUGUUCACUGCGGUGUACCAGAUCUGUUACGAAGGUAGGCCCGUUCAAGAGAUGUUGUCUUGUCUCCAGAGCCAUCCAGAGCAUAUAUAAAGUGAAUUAUGCAACAUGUCAGGG